AAGCCGCGCGCAGCGGGCGCGGCUCACGGUCUGCUCUUCUGGGCGCCCAAUUGAAGUGAGCAUGGCCUCCCUCACCGGAGCCUUUCUCAAGAUGCUGCUGCUUCUCCCCACCCAGAACUGGAGCCUAGUAGUAGCAGGAAAUCCAUAUAAUUGUGAUGAGCCACUGGUUUCCACACUGCCUGGGGCGUCCUUCAGCAGCUCUUCAGAGCUGUCCAGCAGCCACGGCCCGGGUUUUGCAAGACUUAAUCGAAGAGAUGGAGCUGGUGGCUGGUCCCCACUUGUGUCAGAUAAAUACCAGUGGCUGCAGAUUGACCUUGGAGAGAGAAUGGAGGUCACGGCCAUGGCCACCCAAGGAGGCUAUGGGAGCUCCAACUGGGUGACCAGCUACCUGCUGAUGUUCAGUGACAGCGGGAGGAACUGGAAGCAAUAUCGACGAGAAGAGAGCAUCUGGGGCUUUCCAGGAAACACCAAUGCAGACAGCGUGGUGCACUACAGGCUCCAGCCCCCCAUCGAAGCCAGGUUCCUGCGCUUCCUCCCUGGAGCCUGGAACCCCAAGGGCAGGAUUGGGAUGCGGAUCGAGGUGUACGGAUGUGCCUACAGAUCUGAAGUGGUUGAUUUUGAUGGACAGAGUUCCCUGCUGUACAGAUUUGAUCAAAAAUCUGUAAGCCCAAUAAGAGAUGCUAUUUCUUUGAAAUUUAAAACCAUGCAGAGUGAUGGACUUCUACUCCACAGAGAAGGACAAAAGGGAAAUCACAUGACCCUGGAAUUGAUUAAAGGAAAACUUGGCUUUUUUAUUAAUUCAGGUGAAACUACACUGCCCCCCACUGAUGCCCAGGCUGACCUCACCCUGGGCAGCCUGCUGGACGACGAGCACUGGCAUUCUGUCCUCGUUGAGGUCCUCGACACUCACGUCAACCUCACUGUUGAUAGACACACUCAUCAUUUUCAGGCAAAGAGAGGAUCAAGCUAUUGGGAUCUUAAUUUUGAGAUCAGCUUUGGAGGGAUUCAGGUACCUGGAAAAUCACUGACAUUCCCACAUAAAAACUUUCAUGGAUGUUUAGAAAAUCUUUACUAUAAUGGAGUGGAUAUCAUUGAAUUAGCCAGGGAACACAAUCCACAGAUCAUCAUAAUGGGGAAUGUGUCCUUCUCAUGUCCACACCCACAAACUGUCCCUGUGACUUUUCUGAGCUCCAAGAGCUACUUAGCCCUGCCAGGAAACUCUGGAGAGGAAAAAGUGUCUGUCACUUUUCAGUUUCGAACAUGGAACAGAGUAGGUUGUCUGCUGUCUGCUGCACUUCGGCGUGAUUCAUUGGAUCUUGUCCUCUUUCUUAAGGAUGGAAAACUCAAACUGAGUCUCUACCAUCUAGGACAAUUAUUGAGGGACAUCGUAACAGGAGCUGGAUUAAAUGACGGGCAGUGGCAUUCCGUGUCCUUAUCUGCUGAAGGCAAUCACCUGAGUGUGAUGGUGGAUGGUGAGCUUGCUUCUGCAGCCCAUACUCUCCUGCUUAGACAGACUGAUUCUGGUGACACCUAUUAUUUUGGAGGCUGUCCCGACAACAGCUCUGGCUCUGGACUCCACGGCCCACCUUGGGGAUUUCAGGGCUGCCUGAGGCUCAUCUCCAUUGGCGACAGAGCGGUGGAUCUCAUCUCAGUCCAGCAGGGGGCGCUGGGGAGCUUCAGCGAUCUGCAGAUAGACGCCUGCGGCAUCACGGACAGGUGUUUACCCAGUUACUGCGAACAUGGCAGUGAAUGUUCCCAGUCAUGGGACAACUUCUCCUGCGACUGUACUGACACUGGUUAUGUGGGAGCAACUUGCCAUUCCCCUCUCUAUCAGCAGUCGUGCGAAGCCCACAAGCACAAAGGGAACCCUUCAGGGCUUUACUAUAUUGAUGCAGAUGGAAGUGGGCCCCUGGGACCAUUUCUUGUGUAUUGCAAUAUGACAGAUGGAACCCCACUGAGCUGGUGGCUUGGAAGAACCAAUGAAACACACACUUACUGGGGAGGUUCUCUGCCUGAUGCUCAAAAGUGUACUUGUGGAUUAGAGGGAACCUGCACUGAGUCUCAAUAUUACUGCAACUGUGAUGCUGACCGGAGUGAAUGGACGAGUAACACUGGAGCCCUGUCCCCUAAGGAGCACCUGCCAGUCACCGGGGAUGUCGGCCGACCCGAUUCUGAAACAGCUUACACCCUGGGACCUCUGCUCUGCCAAGGGGACAAGUCAUUUUGGAAUGCAGCUUCCUUCAACACUGAGACUUCCUACCUUCACUUCCCUACAUUCCAUGGAGAAUUUACUGCUGACGUGGGUUUCUUUUUUAAGACCACAGCUUCCUCUGGGGUAUUUGUAGAGAACCUAGGGAUCACAGACUUUUUCAGGAUAGAACUGCGCGCUCCUGCGGAGGUCACCUUUUCCUUUGAUGUGGGGAACGGGCCUUGUGAGAUCACGGUGCAGUCACCCACACCCUUUAAUGACAACCGGUGGCACCACGUGAGGGCAGAGAGGAACGUUAAAGAAGCCUCGCUUCAAGUGGAUCAGCUCCCACAGAGGACCCAAGCCGCUCCCCCUGACGGGCACGUCCGCUUACAGCUCAACAGCCAGCUCUUCGUGGGUGGGACGGCCACCCGCCAGAGAGGCUUUCUGGGCUGCCUCCGUUCCCUGCAGCUGAACGGGAUGGCCCUGGAUCUGGAGGAAAGAGCCACGAUGACCCCGGGAGUGGAGCCAGGGUGUCCAGGGCACUGCAGCAGCUACAGACACUUGUGUCGCAAUGGCGGGAGGUGUAGAGAGAAGCCCAGGGGGAUCGCUUGUGACUGCACCUUCUCUGCCUACAUCGGGCCAUUCUGCUCGGACGAGAUUUCUGCAUAUUUUGAAACCGGCUCCUCUGUGACUUAUAAUUUUCAAGAACAUGAUACCUUAAGUGAAAACUCCAGCUCCCUUGCUGCUUCAUCUCAUGGGGAUGUUACCCUGACCAGAGAAGAGGUCACCCUGAGCUUCCGAACCACAAGAACUCCGAGCUUAUUGCUUUAUGUGAGCUCUUUUCAUGAGGAAUACCUUUCAGUUGUCCUCGCCAAAAAUGGAAGUUUGCAGAUUAGGUACAAACUUGACAAACAUCAAGAACCAGAUGCUUUUAACUUUGAUUUUAGACACUUGGCUGAUGGGGACUUUCACCAGGUGAAGAUCAAUAGAGAAGAAGGAGUGGUUUUUGUAGAGGUUAACCAGAGUUCAAGGAGACAAGUCAUCCUGACAUCGGGGACAGAAUUCAAUGCCCUGAAAUCCCUCGUAUUGGGAAAGUUAGAGGCCCCCGGCGCGGACCCGGACACGCGGAGAGCUGGAGCGCACGGCUUCACCGGCUGCCUCUCAGCCGUGCGCUUUGGCUGGGCCACUCCCCUGAAGGCGGCGCUGCUCCUCGGCGGCCCUGCCCGGGUCACCAUCCGCGGCCACGUGGCUGCCGCGGCCCGCUGCGCGGCGGGAGCAGUGCCCGGCUCCUCUCCAAGGGAGCUCACCUGGCCUCUCCCAGGUAGCACAGGUCGUUCUGGACCAACCGAGGAGGGAGAGCCCUUGAAAGAUGCAGGCGGGAGUGAUUCUGCAGUAAUCGGAGGGGUGAUAGCAGUUGUCAUUUUUAUCAUGCUCUGCAUCACUGCCAUAGCCAUACACAUUUAUCAACAGAGAAAGUUAUACAAAGAAAAUGAGUCAGGUAUCUCAAAAAAAGAAGAGUGCUGAGAUCACUCUGAAAAGUGAGUGCAAUGUGCAAAACACAGUCAAUGAAAGUCAGAAAAAGUGUGUCUUCUGAUGGGCAACUGUGGCUUAAUUUAUUUCUGCAGUGGGUGUGCAGUGCUGUCAACUUGCCAAAGUCCAGCCUCAGAUCAGAUUCUAGGAGGCUCCUUUCCCCCCUGUUUUAGUUUGCUGAAGCUGCCAAGAUGCAAUAUACCAGAAAUGCACUGGCUUUUAACAAUGGAGAUUUGUUAGCUUACAAGCUUGCAGUUCUGAGACCGUGGAAAUGUCCAAAUCAAGGCAUCAUCGGACGAUACCUGGACUUCAUUGUCACAGGGCAAGGCACAUGGCGUCUACUUUCAGCUUCUGGCUGCUCCAUCUCCUGAGGGUGCAUUCAGCUUCAAACCAUCUCAUACCCUCAGUGAAAAACAUGCCUUCACUGUCAGUGAAUUAGAAGUUGGGUUUUUCACUGUUGGAAAGUCUAAUAGGAUCUUCCAAAACUGAACUUUAAUAUGUUUAAUGACGAUGGAGUUCAAAUGAGGAAAUGGCUAUGAUGCUCUGGUCCUGCUUUCUUUUAAAAAAAUAUGACAGAACUUUUGUUGACUGCUAAUGUUUUGUGUUACUUGGAAAUUUAUACUGUGAUCUUUUACUGAUUCCUGCUGACAUUUGUGAAAUAGGAAAUGCUUCUUAGAUCAUUUUCACUGGCCUUCCCGUCUUCCUGGAAUUCAGAGCCAAGAGAACAAAAAUUUACAGCCCUUUGUAUUAGAGGCCUGGAAAAAUCAUUACAUUUUUGGUUGCAUUGCUUUUUAUAAUUGACUGUUUUUUAACCAUUUUGAUAGACUUUAGUGUUGAAAUAAUAUUGAAUGUUAGCGCUGAAAUUUUAGUAUUGAAUUUUGUAAUGGAACGAGAAAAUCUCAUAUGUAACAAAGCAUAGGGAAUGUCAAUACAAGAUCUGCCUAUUUUUUCUUUGCAAUUUGUAUUUGUAGGCUUUUUAAAUUGUGAGUAUGUUUUUAACUAAACUUGUGGCCACAUAUAAAUACUACUUCUUACACUGAAAGUGUUAUCCUUUAUUUAUAUCUAUGAUACAUAAAUGAAACAUAAUCUGAGACUUAUUUUCCCAAAAUAUUGAGAGGUUAUGUCAGUUUUUCUUUAUUGUUCUUUAUUUCUCUUUUUAUAAAGUUUAUCACCAAUAUGCCUUUGAUUUCCUGUGACUGUAUUGUACAGGACAUCUUUUGAACUUCUUAGAAAAAUGAGUUUAGCUAAGAAAUCCAAUUCUUUUUCUAAAUUUUGAACUGUUUUAAGCAUAAAUGUCCCUAUGUGUUAUCUUCUCAUCUAAUUUCUUUUGGAAUAUAAGCUGAAGGAUUCUACUCUAAGAGAAGAUAGAAUUAUAUGAUCAGUAUUAAAUCUGUUAUUUUUAUCACA